GACGUAGCCAACACAAAUCUCGCCUCUCGCGAGACUGGCAGUUACAUUUGAAAACAGGCGGCAGACGCAGAAACGACUCGAGUUGUCAAUAGCAAGAGAGAAAAGAUGACUGGGGAAAGUGAGUUGGCGAUAAAAGAGGCGUUUCAACGUGCUCAGAAAGGACACAACAACAAGGCUAAACUGGUGGCCAGUCUCAAGAACACAUACAACAAGUUAGAGGACAAGACAUUGUUCCACGAGGAGUUUAUCCAGUACCUGAAACAUGCCAUGAUCGUGUACAAGAGAGAACCGGCUGUGGAGAACGUGAUAGAGUUCGUCUCCAAAUUCUCCACCAGCUUCCAUACGCCUUCUGCCGAGGGAGGAGAGGAGGAGGAUGAAGAAGAGGACGAGAACCCCUUCCUCAGUUACAUGUUCAACUUCCUGUUGGAGUCCCACAAGGCCAACAGCCACGCGGUGAGGUUCCGUGUGUGUCAGCUGAUCAACAAGUUGCUAGGCAGCAUGGCGGAGAACGCCCAGAUCGAUGAUGACCUGUUUGACGGUAUCCACCAGGCCAUGUUGGUCCGAGUCACGGACAAGUUCCCCAACGUCAGGAUCCAGGCCUCUCUGGCCAUGGCUCGACUACAGGAACCACAGAACCACCAAUGUCCCACUGUUAAUGCCUAUCUGUUGAUCUUGGAGAAUGAUUCCAACCCGGAGGUUCGUCGAGCCGUUCUGUCCUGCAUCGCCCCCUCCUCUCUCACCCUCCCCAAGAUCCUGAAACGUACCAGGGACGUCAAGGAGAGUGUCCGCAAACUGGCUUACCAGGUCCUGUCAGACAAGGUCCACAUCAGAGCUCUGAGUAUCGCCCAGAGAGUCAGUCUGCUGCAGCAGGGUCUCCACGAUGCCGCAGAAUCGGUGAGGGAGGUGGUGCAGGUCCGUCUCCUCCCAGCCUGGCUGAAUCUUCUCCAGGGUGAUGUGUUGGAGCUGUUACACAAACUGGAUGUAGAGAACUGCUCUCAGACCGCCCUGGACACACUGACCGCUCUGUUCACACACACACCUCAGGACCAGCUGCUCCACCACCGCCUUCAGCUGGACGACAGGAUGCUGGUCCCGGCUGGGUCUCUGUCCUGUGAGAGCGUGUUGUACUGGAGAGCUCUGUGUGAGUUCGUUAAGACUAAAGGGGAUGAAGGAGAGGAGAUGUUGGAGAAGCUGCUGCCCGAGGCUGCUACCUUCGCUGAAUACCUCUAUGGGUAUGUGAAGUGUGUCCCAGUGCUGUCUGAAGAGCAGAAAGGAGACUUUGCUCAGCUGGAGCUGGUGAUGACUAAAGAGUUCAUCUCUCAACAACUCAUCCACCUCACCGGCUGUCUGGAUACCAAUGAAGAGGGAGGAAGGAAGCGUGUGGUGGCUGUGUUACAGGAGAUGCUGGUCCUGCCUCAGACUCCUCCCUCUCUGGUCUCUCUGCUGACGGAGAAACUACUGACCCUGAUACCUGACGACCACAGACGCAUUCAGACCGUGGCGGAGGUGAUCUCGGAGGUGCGUGAGCCCAUCGUCAUCAGACAGCCACUGGAUGAGAACGAGAACCGCAGGAAACAAGUUAAGCUAGCGGAGGUGAAAGUUGGUAUCCUGGAAGCUAAACAGGCCUUAGAGGAGUGUAUCAGUAACCAGGAGUUCAACAGAGCAGCGGAGCUGAAGGACUCUAUAACUGACCUGGAGAACCUGAGGAACAACAUCCUGCAGGAGGAGAACACACAGCAGGACGACAAGGAGACAGAGACACGCAUGGAGAAGACUGACCCAGAGACUCUCCUGCGCUGUCUGACCAUGUGUGUUGAGCUGCUGAAACAGAUGAACAUCAAGACGAGGAUCGGUCCCACCAUGUCAGCUAUCCUCUCCUCUCUGAUCCUGCCCAGUAUAUACGCCCAGCCAGCGGUGAGGAACAUGGCAGUCGUGUGUUUGGGGACGUGUGCUCUGCACAGCAAAGACCUGGUCAACACACAUCUGGUGCUGCUGCUGCAGAUCGCCCAGCUAGAUGAGGCUAAGAUCCGUAUCAGCGCUCUGAGGUCAGUCAUCGACCUGCUGCUGCUCUACGGCUUCACACUGCUGUCUGAACGCCCCAGCGUCGCCCCCCAGACCUCCCAUUCGCCAGCCAACCAGGAAGACCAGGAGAAGGGGGAGGAGCCAGAGGAGGGGAGCAGCACCGCUCAGUCCAUCCUGAUGAUGCUGUCCGACUUCCUGGACAGCGAGGUAUCUGAGCUGCGUACCGAGACAGCGGAGGGUCUGGCCAAACUGAUGUAUUCCGGCCGGAUCUCCAGUGCCAAGCUCCUCUCCCGAUUGGUGUUGCUAUGGUACAACCCCGUCACCGAGGACGACACCAGACUACGCCACUGCCUCGGAGUGUUCUUCCAGCUGUACGCCCGGGAGAGCAGGGCCCACCAGGAGUGUGUGGAGGAGUGCUUCCUGCCCACCCUCCAGACCCUGCUGAAUGCUCCGGCUACGUCUCCAUUGGCCGAGGUGGACGUCACCAACGUAGCAGAGCUGCUGGUGGAGCUGACACGGCCCAGCUCUCUCAUAAAGCCUGGAGACACACAGGAGGUGUGUGUCCAUGACUACCUGGCAGUGCGUGUGUGUGGUGAGAUGCUGAAGGACCCGUCAGCUCCCGAAGUCCGUCUCUACGCCAAAGUACUGAACAGUCUGGAGCUCAGUGCUGACGGCAACACGACUAGAGACCUGGUGACCCUGUUACAACAGGUUACACAGGAGGUGAAGGAUCGUAUCGCUCUGCGUGCUGUGGAGAAGCUGAUUGGACAACUGCAGGACUCCAACAACCAACCAGAUCUCAGCACUACGACAUUACAGCCUGUAGAUGUCAACACUGAGGAGGCUGCCAACCAGGACCUGGACCAGUCUGCCAAGAGGCCCAGGAGAGGUCAGAGGAAACCCUCCACAGCCAAAGGAGCCAAGAAGUCCAGCAGAUCGGCAGAGUCCUCCGAGGAGAGUGAUGGGGAGAAUGUUCAGACUCGGUGCCGGUACCCCCGUCCAUCCCGCCGGGCCAAGACGGCAGCUUUGGACAAAACCAGACUGGACCUCAGUGCCCUCAUCAACCAGGAGGCCAACACCUCGUAGAGUCCCAGGUCAGAUAGGGUAGAGAGGUCAGAGGUCAGGUUGCGUGUUAGCUGCCUAGUGUAAUCAGUAAUGUAUCAGAGUAGUGGACAUGUAGAUCAACAGGUUUAGAGACAGAAGGAAUUCCUAUCAUCAACCUGAAUGAAAAAUGUGAUUUUAUUGGAUUAAAUAAACUAUUAAACUUCC